AUGGCGGAAAGGACACAGAUGAAACAGUUGGAGUCAUGGUUGGAUGCGAUGGAGCUGGGCAUCCGACAGAACCAGAAGCAGAUCAAGGAGAGAUUAGAAACAAUGGAGCUGGGCCUCUGUCAAACCCAAAAAGAAGUGAGUCGAAGCCGAGCAAAAACGAUGGUAGUGGAGGGAAAUCUAAGAAAAGAUUUCUCCCAUCUCCAGGAGGAAUUUUCUGGGUUCGAGCAGCAACUAAGCACAGUCUUGACCCUGUUCUCCAGACUGCCUAAUGCGAGCCUACCGGCGGAUUUUCUGCCAAGGGCCAAUCCGGCUCCGAUACUUGCUGAGGGCCGAACUAGGAGGAGAAUAACAACACAACCAAAGCCCAGAGGCCAUAACACCAAAAGAGUCCAAGUCUUCAAUUUGUCCUCCUCUUCUACCCUCAAGCGCACCCACAAUGGCAGCGCAUUCGCUUCUUCUGAAAAGUGCAACAAACAGAUGCUCAUCUUAUUGCUUGGCUGGCCUGACUAUCAAAUAGAGGCUCACAUGCGGAGGGCUUUAGAUGCACAAAUGGCAGAACAAUCUCAUUCGGUAUACAGCAUCCGAGAAAAAAGAGCAAAAGCUAAAAUGCUGAGCCAAACACAAAGAAAGCCAAGAAGGAAAAGAAAUAAAGGCAAAGAUCUGAAUGCUCCUGAGCAUCCUCCAACUGCCUUCUUCCUGGUCAUGGAUGAAUUCAGUAAAAGUUUCAAGGAAGCAAAUCCAGGUUGCAAAAUUGUGUCAAUGGUUGCCAAGGGGGUGAGAUGUGGAACUGUGGAAGUCCAUUACAAAUGGGGGCAAAAGCCUUAUGUGGAUAGAGUUGCAGAGCUCAAAGAGGAAUAUAACAAUGCCUUAAAGUCUAAAAACAAUGGUCGAAAUGUAGCAGAUAAUGGAGAGAGAUUAAAACAAGAUAUUGGAGAAUACAUGCAAAAGAAGAAGAAUAACAAGAAUGAGCGAAAUAUGGAAAAGACCCAAUGUAUUAAACAAACUCGAUCACAAUCGGGUUCAACUUCGACUUCAACUUCAAAGCGGCAAGUAACUCAAGUGAUUGAAGAGGAGGAGGAAAGUGAGACAGAGACCAAAGAUGAUGAAGACUUGGAAGAGGGAGAAGAAUUGGGACAGGAAGAAGAAGAUGAAGGGGUGAUUGAAGGGGAUGAUGAAGAUAUUGACCAUGAUGUUGAUGAUUGAUUAAAACUUCUUUAUUGAUUGUGGACUUGUAGUGUUUAUAUGUUUGUUUAGAACUUUGCAUGAUGAUUGGUACUUGUUUGAGUUUGAGACUUUAAGUUUGAACUUUGAUGAUGUUUCUAAUUUAGAAUUUGCAUGAUGAAUGAAUUAACUUUGAUGAUGUUAGUUUAGAAUUUGAAGAUAAUGAAUCAUUAAUGAUAUGCAUGUGUUAUUAUUGAUAAUUUGAUAGUUUUUUAUGAUUUUACAAGAUUUUGAGUUUUUUUUCUAAAAUG